ACAUUCUUGUCUUAAAUAAAUCAGAAUGCAACCUUCAAUGCAACUUAUUUGUUAAUGAGAAGUUUUUAAUGAGCCAGCGAAAGUUUGGGUAAUAAAACGAAUCGAAUUCCAUCGAAACACGAAAAAGAUUAAUAAAAACAAUAACGAAAAACAGGGAACUCUCAGUGUUUUAGAAAUUGUAUGUACUGUACAAGAACGCCCUACUUAAUGCGUGUUCACAUGCAUGUUAUGGGUAUAAACGUACAUUCGAGUAGAUAUAUAGGGUACCAAACAACCCCAUUUUUAAAAACCCAACCAUGUAUGCGAUCCUUAGCAACACACCAUGACGGCAUAAACAAAAUAAUCAAAACAGUUAGUUAAGUUGUACAUUGAACAUGGAAGGAACAUAGUUUCGGUAUAGCAAAGUGUAAUUCCGCUUAGAUCAUAAUGUUACCGAAACAAUUGUCAUCGCCGAAAAAAGACGCUCCUCUCUAUAAGAAACGGAACCUUGACUUCACCGACUAUGCUUACCGGGAAGCAGUCAAUCGACUUAAAUACCUACUGGCUGAUUCAUAUACGGCAACAAAGCGAAAUUCAAUUUGCCAUCGGCACGACGACUCGGAUGACACGGAUAAUGUGUCGAUAAAGACGGUAGAACGACCGGUGCUAUCAGAAAUAUCAAAGUAUCUUCCCGCCAGCCGAUAUAAUUCGUUGAAAAAAUACACCGGCGGAUAUUCGGCGUACACAAAUCAGAGUCCUGGCGCAAAGUCAAAUGUUAAUUCGAGUCUACUUCAAGUACCAUACACUCAUGCAACUCACCUGCCUACAGCAUCACCGUCAUCACAUGGACCAACAACAUUGGCCGAUACUAAUCGUCCUCCGCCCGAAAUUCUGAAUUUCAUUGAAAAACAAGAAGGAUACAUAGAGCAACUGGAACGAGAGUCACAAUUUUGCAGGGACGAGCUCAACAAUCUGCUAACCAAAGUGAAAGAUGUGAUAUCUGAAAAUGAAACCCUUACCGAUCAAGCGAAAGGUGGCGUUUCCCGAUCAGUGUUUCCAGAGUCAUCCGAAAGUGAUGGUGUCGAGCCUGACUAUAACUAUUCCGUUAAACCGAAGGCCAAGGUGCAGUUACACGGACCGAAUAUUGUGUUUGAGUCAAGAAUCAGUGAGUUAGAGGCACAACUGGCACAAUCUUCCAUUGAUUUUAAACGAUUGUUGGAAGAAAAUGAAGCCAACAAACGGAAAAUUGCGUAUGGAUCGAGUGACAUUGGUGGUGGAGCUGGUGAUGUCUACAAGAAACAGAUUGAAAAUUUACAGAGAGACAAGCAAACUCUGGAGGACACCGUCAGGAAGUUACAGCACUCGUUGGAUGAUUUGAAGGCGACGGAUGCAAAUAACUUUACCCGCACCCAAAGAAAUCGAGAUUUGGCAGAACAAUCGGCAUUUGAAAAGGCCCAAGCUGAUAUUGAAAUCAAGCGAUUAAAGGACGAAUUGGAGCGACAACAUGUCCGUGUGCGAGAAAUUCAACACGAAAUGGCCAAAAAAAUUGCCGAGGAACGAGCGAUCGCAGAGCGGAGGUACAACUAUCAGGUUGAUCAACUCGGUGGCGACUUAACUAGUCAAUGGGAAGUGGCAUCACGACUACAACUGGAGCUUGAGCGUCACAAACGUAUGGACGUCGAUAACCGACGUGAUUUGGCUCAGAAGAAUGCACAAAUUGAUGAAAUAAAAAAUGAAUUGAAGGCAAAAACCGCCUCACUUCUUUCGGAUGUGGCUCAAGUGAAUGCCGAAAAGCAAUCUCUUGAACAAGAAAUCACAUCCCUGCGGCUGCAAUUGGAACGAGCCGACCGGCAGUCUAAAGUAGAAACAUCACGGUUGAAUGCUGAGAUAGUGUCUCUUCGUCAGCGGCUAGACAGAUCUGAUUCAGAUCUACUACAUUCUCGACGUGAGAAUUUGCGUUUGGGCGAUCAAAUCUCGUCUCUGGAAAAGGAUCUAGCAUUGGGUGAUCUAAAUAGAGAGCCUAGACCGAGUAAAGAAAUACAAAAGUUAAUGGCGGACAUGGAAGCAAAACAUGUUGCCACUGUAUCUGAACUGGAGGGCAUGGUACAAGGUCAAAGACAGCUCAUGGAAAAACUGACCGCCGAAUGUAAAACACUGACAAAGAGAUUAGAGGACACAACACACAAACACAAAUUAGAGAAAGACAAUUUACGUACAACAAACACCGAAUUGAUGGAUCGACUUAAACGAAUUUGGACUAGUUACAAAGAAGUUUUACCUUCCACUAGUCACUGUUAUUCAAGUGAUUCCGAUCAAAUUAACGAUAAGCACCUAUCGCACAAUCACCGCUCAGACAAGAAGAGCCAAUCUACCGACGAGAGUCACCAGUCGAGCAAUCACGACGCAACAGUCCACUCCAAAAUGAACCGAUCCGACAGCCGGAACGAAAUCCAACCGUUAGCGACAACGAUCUGUCCACAAAAUAUGUCGAACAACCGGAGAGCGACGGAGACAAAUACACGAAAGACAGCAUUGCCACUGAGAAGCAAAAGUCUGGAUCACCGGUCGAGUACAAUUACGGCAAAACUGACAUCGAACGAGAAUCUUCCGUACCAAGCACACAGUCUUUUAUAUCAAAACAGCCACCAGCAGCAACCAAUGAAUCACAGUACACAACCAGUCUGCGCGAAAACCCUGUUCAACAGUACGAGCAACCAGUUGAGUAUAAUGCACCAGGAGCUUAUGAAGCCACUGCAGACAGUUCAGCAAACCAACAACUAUAUGACACAAACUAUGCAACCGAGGAGCAACGUAAAUAUGAUGAACAACCAAAGUAUGACGAGCAGCCAUACGAAUACUCACAACAGCCGUACGAACAAACCUACGAUGCCGGAGCGUAUGACCAACAACAGUACGACCAGCAGCAAUAUGAUCCACAGCAACAAUAUGAUCCUCAAUAUGAUCCCACCAAUCAGCAAUACGAACAAUAUCCAACAAAUUACGACACAAAUUACACAAACCAAACAGCAUACCAAUCCGAACAACAGCAACCCGUCGUCGACCCAUCCGCAUCACUCUCAGGGUACACUGAAUCAGCUCCGAGCAGCGGAACUGUGGGGCAAGACUACGCCGGAACUCGAAUCGAGCCAAAGACACCAACAACCAGACAACAGCCUCAAUUACUGCCGAAACAGCCUCCCCCGGCGUAAUCCCUUGAUUCCGAUGGCAGACGAAAUAAUUCCGGAUGUACCAGCGAUUAGCAUUAGUAGUCCAAGUUUAUUCGAAGAUAGUUCGGAUUCAAGUCCAACGCUUUCACCAGCCAAUACUGUGCAGAAGCUGUUCUAAAAACCCAAUUAUAUUUAGAGUGUGAGUCGUUUACGAGACGAACAUUUCAUUGCGAUUAAGUUAACCAAAUGAAUUCACAAAAUGGAAAUUUAAAUUAUUUAGAAUGAUAACCAAAAUGCAUCAAAAUGAAUAAACCUUUAAACAAUG